AUGACUGACGCCGCCUGCAAUUAUUUGGAUCACUUUGCAUUGUCUCAACCGAAGACAGUGCCGCAGCCUUAUCAGCAGCAGCAACAUUUGCAGUUGACAUCAUCGUCACCAGAGCAACAUGAUGGUCAACAGCAGCAACCAAGGCAUGAUUUCAUUAACGAAUGCAACUCGAAUGCUUCCUCUUUAUUAACAUUAUAUGCCAAACAAAAAAUUGCAUCAAAAGAGACAACAGCAUCAAUGUCAAUGUCAACGUCAACAUCAAUAUCAGCAUCACACCAAGGAAUGCCGCAAAUGAAAUUGGAAAUGCAAUAUCCGCCGCUGGCAUCAUCCACUGGUAGUGCAUCGCCCAACUCCAGCAUAUCGCAAUCAGCAGCUUCCUCGGCAUCGGUCUCACCCAGCAUUUUUCCAUCUCCAGCGCAAUCGUUUGCCUCCAUAUCGGCUAGUCCAUUGACUCCCGUAGGUGGCUCUUCCUCGGUCUCAUCCUCAUCAUCGGCAUCCGCAUCGGCGGCAGUGGCAGCAGCCGCAGCAGCAGCUGCGGCUGAUUUAGGUGCCGCGGCGGUGGCUAGUGCUGCUUAUGGCUGGAAUACGACUACCUACACUUCGCUGCCAACUAGAGCUCAAUAUCCGUAUGCGCAAUACGCCACCGAUUACUACGGUAAUGUGGCAACGGUUGGCGUGGCAGCAUCGGCAUCGGCCGCAUGGUUCUCACAUCAGGAGCGCUUGUAUCAGCCGUGGUCAUCACAAAGUUACCCAAGCUUUAAUUUCGACGACAUCGCCUUUCAGACGCAGCUCCAACGUCGUUCCGUGCGAUGUACCUGUCCAAACUGCACCAACGAAAUGAGCGGAUUACCACCGAUUGUUGGGCCUGAUGAGCGUGGGCGCAAGCAGCACAUCUGCCACAUACCAGGCUGUGAGCGCCUUUACGGCAAAGCGUCACACCUCAAAACCCAUUUACGGUGGCACACCGGCGAACGUCCGUUCCUCUGUCUCACUUGUGGAAAACGCUUUUCGCGCUCCGAUGAACUUCAGCGCCAUGGACGUACACACACCAACUAUCGGCCAUACGCCUGUCCCAUUUGCUCAAAAAAGUUCUCCCGCAGCGAUCAUCUUAGCAAGCACAAGAAGACCCAUUUCAAGGAUAAAAAAAAGACUAGAAAAGCGCUGGUUGCCGAGGCCAAGUCACAGUCAACAUCCAUUAAGCAGGAGAGGUCGGAUAAGACCACCACUAACACUAAGAAGAGCAUCAUCAAGAACACAACGGCGACAGCGUUGAAACAGGAGCACCCGGAUGCUCCAAGUGGUUUGGGAUACGCACCUUACAUAAAUCUUUAUCAGCAAUCUUCAGCAGUCUCUACUGAUCUGCCACUUGUACCACCACCACCACUGUUCCAGCCGCAGCAUCAGGGAGAUUCUCUUAACAGAAGCAGAUAUGACAUCUGGAAUAAUAUCAUCAGUAGCAAUAGCAACGACAUGAAUCAAACUACCUCAGAAAAUGCCAUAUCGGUAAGAUCAUUGGAAAAUUCCAACAGUAACAGCAACAGUAACAGCAACAGUAACAGCAACAGUAACAGCAACAGCAACAGCAACAGCAGCAGCAGUAACCAGACGCAACACUAUGCAGUGCUUGCCAUGCAGAGUGAGUCACAUCUGUCAACGGAGUACGGUUUAACCAUGUCGGGCUUGGCAACCGGAGCGGGCAGCGAUAGCAGUUGCAACAUUGGUGCCAUAAAGUCCGAUUACGCCGGCAGCUAUCCGUCAGAGUUUGCGAACACCACCGGAUAUGGCUAUGUGCAUCAUCAUCAUGCUGCUCAUACCCAUGCCCAUGCUCAUCAUCAUCAUCAUCAAAAUGCGUGGGCCGCCGCCUAUCAUCCACAUGCAACGGCCUAGGCAUAAGUUAGGAUUAAUAAUCAAAUUAAUCCAUGUUGUUAACACAAAAAAUGUGCAUUUGAUUUUCAUUUUAUAUACAUUUUUUUUUUGGUAGUAAAUUCGGCUGAAACCGCCAUAAUAUUGCGUAUGUUACGUAUAAGUAUGUAUGUAUAUCAAGAUAUACAAUAAUUCAUUCUAAUCAAUCACAAACGUAUACCGAUGUCUUCUAGUUUUUAUUUUGCUAGUAAAUAUACAAAUACAAAACAUUACA